AUGCCACUCUCCCAGCCAUGCAGCGAGAUCGACGAAGCCCGCUUCCUAUGCUUCGAAAAUAAUAUACCACCGAUGGAAGAUGACUGCAUCACUGAUCUCAUGAAGUUUUCCACAAACAUUACUUCCUGUCAGCCAGUAUCCGUGACCAUAAAUAACGUAAGAACAUACCUGAUACAACCAAACCGAUGGAUUAUUUAUGCUAAAACAGAAACACUGUUGACCAAGUAUUGCAACGACGAAAUUUCACAAGAACCUGUUUUCGGAACUUACCUAUUAACCAUAGACGACGACUGCGAAAUUAGAAUAAAAGACCUCAAGCUGAAGAAACGCCAAAAUCGAGGAAAAGAAAUAUCUUAUCCGAAGUUCCCAAAUAUCCAGUUUCCGACAAUUCAAGCAAACCCAACGCCUGGUCUCCAGAAACCCGUAAACCUAAACAGAGUGGACCUUGCCGAUAUUCAGUUCCUGAAUUAUCUAUUACAAAAGAGUGGAAAAGACCGGCGUGAAGUGGAAGUGUCAUACUUCUGCGUUUUGUCUGCGGCGUCAGUUCGAGGUUUAGAAGCUGCUCGCCUUGUGUACACAUCACAAGGUCCCGUACGGGGAUAUAAGACACCCGGAGAGAACAUCUUCAUUUUCUACGGAAUACCCUACGCUACCGCACCAACAGGCUCCGACAGAUUUAAGGCCCCUCUCCCGCCACCUCAAUGGACGGAGACAUUUGAGGCCGUAAACAUGGACAUAAUCUGCCUGCAAUUGUCUUACUUUCCAAUUGGACUCGAACAACAACAAGAAGAUUGUCUUGUAACCAACAUAUACGUACCUGACACUGUUGAAACUAACAUGCCAGUCGUUGUAUACGUGCAUGGAGGUGGCUUUCAAAUGCUAUACGGUGAAUUUACAACUCCCAAACGAUUGCUCAGGGAGAAGAACUUAGUUGUGGUUAAUUUUAAUUACCGUCUAGGGCCGCACGGUUUUCUGUGCCUAGGUACACGAGAUAUUCCCGGUAACGCUGGCAUGAAGGACCAGAUUGCAUUGCUCCGAUGGGUCAAGAAUAACAUUGCCAAAUUUAAUGGAAAUCCUCAUGAUGUAACUGUUAUUGGAUACAGUGCAGGAUCGGCUGCGAUUGAACUUUUACUGCUAUCUCCUUUAGCUAGGGGACUAUUCAACAAAGUUAUACUAGAAAGUGGAUCGGCCCUUGCCCCUUUCAGCGUACAAAUGGAUCCAAUUGAAAAUGCUUGGGGUUAUGCAAAGAUGUUGAACUAUACAGGUUCAAGUAAAGUACUUGAUGGAAACUUCACGAGUUUGGAAGAGGACGCAUUUCCAAAAGAGUUCGUAAAAAUGAAGAAAAUGAUGCGAACAUUGUGGAUAAACUUUAUAAUGACAGGUAAACCAGUGGCAAAUGGAUCAGACUUCCCCCUAUGGCCACCGGUUGACGUAAACGGUGGUCCCCAUAUGCUCUUGGACACUACGAUGAAACUGCGAGGUCCGUUGUUGCAGCAACGGGCUUUGUUUUGGGAUGACAUCUACGGCAGAUAUUAUCGCACUCCAGUGCCCCCAUCAACCCCUCCACUGAGAAAA